CGGCAUGCGCGCUCCCGAGGUCCUGCCAGAUCCCUGGAAGCGCGCUCCGGCCGCAGAGCGCCGGAGAUCCUGGAGGAGGAGGAGGGAGAGGAGGAAGAGGAGCCGAUGGAGGCAGGGAGCCGAACUUCUCCGGGUUCUGCAGAGAUGUUUCCCCGCCUGCAUGGUGUGAGCUUCAGAACCGGCUCUGUCGUCUCCGCGGACCGCUGGAUCUGACGCACGUCGGGGAGCGCAGCGAGCUGCGCCACUUCGACCUUCCCCGACGCACCGAGCGCAGCCACACGGACCCCCCUGCGCUCAUUCCGGACUCCUGCUUUUAUUUAUCCUCCUCCCUGCGCACGGAUUAGCUUCUUCUCUCUUUUUUUUUGCCGCUGUUCCCGCGGGCGCCGGUGCGGAAUGCGUGCAAGCGGCGCAGCGGCCGCCGGGAACCCUCGUUUUGGCGUGCGCUCCGGGAGUGCCAGCGGAUUCCUCCGGGACGGUUUCUGUCGGAGUUCACCGAUCACAAAGCGAGCAUAGAUGAGCGCAAACAUGUACGCGGGGAGGAAGCGCAGGAAACCGGCGCAAAGAGGAGCCAAACCCGCUGCUGCCGAGGGCACCAAGACCAACCCAUCCAAGCGCCACCGCGACCGCCUGAACUCAGAACUGGACCGGCUCGCCAGCCUGCUGCCCUUCCCCGAGGAGGUCAUCUCCAGCCUGGACAAGCUGUCCAUCCUGAGGCUCAGCGUCAGCUACCUGCGCACCAAGAGCUUCUUCUCAGUGGCGCUAAAAAACCAACCUCCCAACGGCACCAGCAAGAUCAGGGCUGAAAAUAGCAGCGCGACUUCAGGACCUGCAGACGGCACGUUAUCGGAGGGCGAGCUGCUGCUUCAGGCUCUGAACGGCUUCGUCUUGGUGGUGACGGCUGAAGGGAACAUCUUCUUCUGCUCUCACACCAUCCAGGAUUACCUCGGCUUCCAUCAGACUGAUGUGAUGCACCAGAGUGUGUUUGAGCUGAUCCACACUGAAGACCAGCAGGAGUUCAAGAGGAACCUGCACUGGGCCCUGAACCCCCCGCUCAGCCUGGAGCCCCCCACUGAUCCUGCAGGCGCAGAGGUGACGUCUUCCCGCCCGGUGGACUACGACCCCGACCAGCUUCCGCCGGAAAACUCCUCCUUCCUGGAGCGAGCGUUCGUCUGCCGCUUCCGCUGCCUGCUGGACAACUCCUCGGGCUUCCUGCCGCUGAGCAUCCAGGGCAGACUGAAGUUCCUCCACGGUCAGAGCCGGCUGCAGAGCGGCAGCAGCAGCCCCCCUCAGCUCGCCCUCUUCGCCGUGGCAACGCCGCUGCAGCCUCCCGCCAUCCUGGAGAUCCGCACCAAGAACAUGAUCUUCAGGACCAAACACAAGCUGGACUUCACGCCGAUGGCCUGCGACGCCAAGGGGAAAAUCGUCCUGGGCUACACCGAGGCCGAGCUGAGAGUGCGAGGAUCGGGCUACCAGUUCAUCCACGCCGCCGACAUGCUGUACUGCGCCGAAAACCACAUCAGAAUGAUAAAGACGGGCGAGAGCGGGCUGACCGUCUUCCGGCUGCUCACCAAAGACAACCGAUGGAAAUGGGUCCAGGCCAACGCCCGACUCGUCUACAAGAACGGGAAGCCGGACUACAUCAUCGCCACCCAGAGGCCUUUGGCGGAGGAGGAAGGAGGGGAACACCUGAGGAAGAGGUCCAUGCACCUCCCCUUCACCUUUGCCACCGGGGAGGCCCUCCUGUACCAGACCAGCCACCCGCUGCACGGCUUCCCUGACUCCGCCCACGCCAAAGCCCGCGCCGGCAAGUCCAAGAAGGGCAAGGCGGACAAGCGCUCCUCGGAUGAGCUGAACCCAAACUCCCUGCUGGGGGCGCUGAUGAGUCAGGACGAGUCCGUUUACGUCUGCCAGCCGAACGCCGAGUCCCGGACGUUCUACCACGGCGGUCGGCCCGCUGAGCCGGACGUCGGCUGGAGCGUCGUCUCCGAGCUGGAGGCGGGGACGUGCAACGGGGACGGUUUUGAUCCCCUCCUGUCGACGCUGGACUCUCUGUCGCUGGACGGAGGGGAGGCCUGCUCCAACAGCGAGCUCUUCAGCGCUCUGGAGAGUCUGGGGCUGAACGCCGACGACCUGGAGCUGCUGCUGCUGGACGAGCGGAUGAUGCAGGUGGAGCUGGACGACCGCUACGUCCCCACCCUCAGCGACCUUCUCACCAACGACGAGAUCCUCGCCUACGUCCAAGACAAUCUGGAGGGCGGCGCCGCGUCGUCGGACCCCCAGCACCCCCUCUUGACGCCCGCAGCCCCUCCGGACCCCCCAACCUUCCGGCAACCCGUCGUCCAGCUGUCGCAGCAGAUGCAGCAGCACAUCCAGUCCGCCUCCCACCCUGCGGCGGUUCAAGCCGGCGGUCCGGCCGGUUUGCCCAACAGUCUCUGGGUGGACCGCCAUCAGGGGGCGCCGUGGAACGCUGACAGCACCUCGGGCUUCCAGAACGGAUCUUACUUUCCCGACCAGAACGCCCCUUUACCCCUAGAGGUGAGCCUCCCGGAUUACAGCAUGUCCAACGCUUUAGGUGCGUGCGCCACGCUGCUGAACGGCGAGACGACCGCGCCACCAACGCCCGUGCAUCCGGGUCCGCAGAAUCACCUCCCAGCGUCCCGUUUGCCCCACGGAGCGCCGCAGCUUGUCGGCCCGCCAGGCUUCAGCUGCAGCGCGUUCAACGCCGCCGCAGACGGGAAGGUGGAGAACGGCGUCCUCCUCGGCUCCGCCAACGGAGGGUACGUCAGGACGUGUCUAAUCCCUGGAAGAAACGGCGUGCCGGCGCGCGACAUCACGGCCUCCCGCCCUGAUGCCGUCUCCAACCUGCAGGACCCCCAGAAAUCUGGAUUCCUCCACUGACGGGACGAAGCGGCGCAGAGGUGGGACACGAGGACCAGGGUCGUUAUGUUCAGAAGCAACCAGGAAGUUUGGAUCAGAUCCCGACAAUCGUCCUGACGUCUGGACCUAAAGCUGCUUUGGCAGGGAGAGAGAACAACGAAGCUGUCUCCAUCGCGUGAGGUCGUCUCUCCUUGUUGCUGCUGCUUCUCCUCCACCUUUCAGGAUUCAUUUAAACAGUUUGUAGUGUCGGCACGUUCUGCAUUGAAAUCUCCCAAACCAGAAGCUUUAGACGAGCGUUUCACGCACCCUCGGACAGCAGAUAAACUGAAGCAUCUUUAGAGUCUUAUCAGAGGAUAUUUGAAGGAAACUGGACCACAGCUGCAGUAUUUUAACUGAAAGUAUAUCUAGCAGGAGAUAAAAGUUCUGUCUUAUCCUCACUGCGAAAAGGGAACUCAAAGUAAGUAACAUUUACUUGAAAUUUGUGUAUUUAUCCUUGAUUUGAG